AUGAAGACAAAAAUAUAUAGUUAUAUACAUUAUAUUGUUUUAUUUUUAAUUGCAACAUCUACAGUACAUACAGCAAGUACCAAUGCAGAAGAAACAGAGGUUGCAAUUGGCAUUGAUUUGGGUACCACCUAUUCCUGUGUUGGUGUAUGUAGGAAUGGCGUUGUGGAUAUUAUAGCAAAUGAUCAAGGUAAUAGGACUACCCCAUCAUAUGUUGCAUUUACAGAUACAGAACGAUUAAUUGGUGAUGCUGCUAAAAACCAAGCCUCCAGAAAUCCAGAAAAUACAGUUUUUGAUGCAAAAAGAUUAAUAGGAAGAAAAUUUUCAGAACCAACUGUACAAAGUGACAUGAAACACUGGCCAUUUACUGUAAAAAGUGGUACUGAAGGAAAACCAAUGAUAGAAGUAUCAUAUCAAGGAGAAAAAAAAACAUUCCAUCCAGAAGAAAUAUCUUCAAUGGUUUUAAAAAAAAUGAAAGAAGUUGCAGAGUCAUACUUAGGAAAACCAGUUAAAAAUGCUGUUAUUACAGUUCCAGCUUAUUUCAAUGAUUCACAAAGACAAGCAACAAAAGAUGCAGGUGCCAUCGCAGGUUUAAAUGUUUUAAGAAUUAUUAAUGAACCAACAGCAGCAGCUAUAGCAUAUGGUUUAGAUAAAAAAGAAAAAAAUGAAAAAAAUAUUUUAAUUUUUGAUUUAGGAGGUGGAACUUUUGAUGUUUCAUUAUUAACAAUUGAAGAUGGUAUUUUUGAAGUUAAAGCUACAUCAGGAGAUACACAUUUAGGAGGAGAAGAUUUUGAUAAUAAAUUAGUAAACUUUUGUGUACAAGAUUUUAAAAAAAAAAAUGGAGGAAAAGAUAUUUCAAAAAAUUCUAAAUCAUUAAGAAGAUUAAGAACUCAAUGCGAAAAAGCAAAACGUACCUUAUCAUCAUCUACACAAGCAACUAUUGAAGUUGAUUCAUUAUUUGAAGGAAUUGAUUAUAAUGUAAAUAUAACUAGAGCUAAAUUUGAAGAGUUGUGUUUAGAUCAAUUUCGUAAUACUUUAACACCUGUUGAAAAAGUCUUAAAAGAUGCAAAAAUGGAUAAGAGUCAAAUACAUGAAAUUGUUUUAGUUGGUGGUUCAACAAGAAUUCCAAAAAUACAACAACUUAUCAAAGAUUUUUUUAAUGGAAAAGAACCAUGUAAAUCCAUUAAUCCAGAUGAAGCUGUUGCAUAUGGUGCAGCUGUACAAGCAGCUAUUUUAUCAGGAGAUCAAUCAUCAGCUGUCAAAGACUUAUUAUUAUUAGAUGUCUGUCCAUUGUCAUUAGGAUUAGAAACAGCAGGUGGUGUCAUGACAAAAUUAAUUGAAAGAAAUACAACUAUACCAACCAAAAAAAAUCAAAUCUUUACUACAUAUGCUGAUAAUCAACCAGGUGUUUUAAUUCAAGUGUAUGAAGGAGAAAGAUCCUUAACUAAAGAUAAUAAUUUAUUAGGAAAAUUUCAAUUAGAAGGUAUCCCACCAGCACCAAGAAGUGUGCCACAAAUUGAAGUUACAUUUGAUAUUGAUGCUAAUGGUAUACUAAAUGUAACAGCAUUAGAUAAAGGUACUGGUAAACAAAAUCAAAUUACUAUUACAAAUGAUAAAGGAAGAUUAUCAAAGGAUGAUAUCGAUCGUAUGGUCAAUGAUGCAGAAAAAUAUAAAGAAGAAGAUGAACAAAAUAAAAACAGAAUCGAAGCAAGAAACAACCUAGAAAAUUAUUGUUAUAACGUUAAAAACACAUUACAAGAUGAAAAUUUAAAAGAAAAAAUACCAAAAGAUGAUUCACAAAAAUGCAUGAAAACAGUUAUGUCGGUUCUUGAUUGGUUAGAAAAAAAUCAAUUAGCUGAAAAAGAAGAAUAUAGUGAAAAGGAAAAAGAUAUUUCAUCAGUAUAUAAUCCUAUAAUGACUAAAUUAUAUCAAGGUGCAUCAGCACAAGAACCAGAAAAAGCUGAGGCAUCCAACUUAAGAGGUCGCAAAUCACAAAAUAAGGAAGCACAAAAUAAUGGACCAACCGUUGAAGAAGUAAAUUAA